ACUCUCAAUCCCGUUUCUUCUCCUUUUUCUUUCCCAGGGGGAUGCAGGGACUGAUGCUGAAGACGGAGAGAUCGUGUUUGCAAAGUCCAGUCAGUAAACAAGCUUCAAAUAAAGACUGCUGAUAUAUAUAGUGUCAGAUACUAAUGCAACAUGGCUGCUAAGACAUCAAUCAUAUGGAAGCUGUUGUACUGGGCGGUUGUGACCUGUUCCAUCUUCCUACUGCUAGCUUCAUUCUUCCAAGGAGUAUCAGGAAGUACCACCGACUAUCCUAACACCGACCUGACGACUGGACCAAACUCAGGACCAGUCACUGUUGCCUCCAAUGCCUCCAUCUCCACUUCAGGACCAAAAGAUAGACCAGACCCAACUACAACAACAACAAGCAGUAGAGAUGUUCCUGAAACAGCAACUGCUUCGACACCUAAGGGGUCCGGUAUCACCGGGGAAGUGAAUGCAGCUGGUAUGAAUGCGACCAUGACAACAGCUGCUCCGAUAUCGAAGGGCACGUCACCAGCCGUCAUCGCAGCCGUGAUCAUCAUCCUUCUCCUGGCGGUUGUCACCAUCGUACUUGUUGUCUGGUUCUGCAAAUGCAGGAAUCAGCCAUGUUGUAAAGGUCACCGAGUGAGAGCGAGACAUGGAUCAAACCAUGAAAGCUUCACAUCUGAUGGAGGCAUUAACGGAUUCGGAAUGAGUCCUGUGCAGGCUGAGAUGCAGCCAUUCAUCAUGCGACAUCGCUGCGACAUCUUCAUCCAUCACCAUGGCACCGACCUGACCCUGGCUGAGAUGAUGCGCUCCAAGCUCCUUGAUCAAGAAUCCCACCUUCACGUCACGCUCUGGAGCGAGAUCGCAGGUACCGGCCGUGACAGUCGCCCAAGCACCAAACGCCUCGCUCUCAGUCUCGUCCACAGCACCACUAUUGUCCUCUUGGUCUCCUGGAAAUACCUUCAGCAUGAAUCGCAAAGGUUCCGUCUCGCCCUCAGUCGCAUCCCCCGCAAGGUGGAUUCCGUCAGAGGAAAGGUAGUUAUCGUUCGGCGAAUCGAGGAGGACAAAGUCCCACAGGAUCUCAUGAUGGACAUAGCACACUCGCUGGAGUACAACGUCGACACGGAUAGUAAAUUUUUCUGGCCACGGUUUGAUCGGGCGGUGAUCCCUCAAAGAGACGACAUGCUUUACUGGAGGUCAUGAUGACCUCUUGAUUAACCUUUGACCUCUCUUUUAAAGACAACUACUCUUGCAUCAUCUGUCUGGACAGAAUGGAAUGACCUCUGCUGUAUAUAUUGUCCAUAUUUUCAUCAUUUUCAACCUUUGUGUUGAGUAUGUCUCAACAGGCCCCUGAAGUGGGACAGUUUUAUUAUUGUGCGGUGGUUGUAUAUUUAUGUUUUAAAUGUACAAGCUUAGUUUCUAUCAUCAUGGAUGCGUUGGAGGGAGUUGAUAGAAGAGCUACCCAAGUGGGUGAGUCAGGGAUAAAGCCGAGCACGAGAUGUAAAGCAGCUGAUGUAAUGAUAGAGUAAGAUCAGGGGGUGUUUCACAAAACUUGUCAUCAGUGACAAAUGACAGUCUUUGUUAUAAGCUACUGAAAUACUUUUUUCUGAUUGGCCAUCGGCAGAAUUGUCACUGAUUUUCACUAUUUGUCAUUGAAAAAAGACUUUGUGAAACGGGUCCCUGAAGUUGUUUACUCUAAUAUGUGCUGUAGGGAAAACAGGACUGUCAGAGAUCGAGGCACCCAGUUGAUGAACGAUUGAUCUGUUUACCAUCCCGCCCGACUGCCUGUCAACAGGAAGAGCUGAAGAUGGCAAAGAUCCAUGAGAUCUUAUAAAUAUCAGUGCAAGAUUUGAAUUAUCAUCUGUAUCAAUCAGUCUUAUGGGAAGGAAGUUUGACACAUACAUAUGAGGGUUAUAUGUUCUGUAGGGGAAAGAAGAACUAACUGGCACAGCCCCGUACCGCCAGAGUGCCAGUGAAUGGGUGACAGACGAACCGUCUACUAUCCCAUCCAGUGGCACACCAACAUGAACAUCUCAAAUUGACAAAGGUUCACAAAAGUGAUGUGUAUUCACACAGUUUGGGAAAAGUGUGUAGCAAAGAGCUUUGAAUUAGCAUAAGUUACGAGAUUGAAAAGAAAAGAGACAGACAAAAAGUGAGCCAUCAAAAUUGUAUUACAAUUGUAUUAUGGUUCUGAGGGGACCAAAAGAGUGUUCACUUCAAAUUUGAUUGAAAUGGAUAAUGUUGAUACAAUGUUUAGCUCCUGUUUUGUGUGAGAUAUUCACACUUCAUGUCGCAAAAGGAAUGAUGAUGAUGAUUUUUUUGUUCUUAUCGUUUCUUGUGAGACUUUCACUACAUCAGGAAGCAGUUGACCCAAAGAUGCUAAAUGUUAUAACUCUAAUGAAUGUCCUUCUUCUCGUAUAUGUUUAUUAACAAAGUGAGUAAGCGUCUUUCUGGUUUUAAUCAUGGUGUAUAUUGUGAUCAGUUUGAAGAAGAAACAAGGUUAAAGUCUUUUUCAUGCACUUGUGCAUAGGUCAAAGAAAUGGUACAUCAAAUGCAGAUUGCAGCUUAUUUACCGAUAUGUUUUCGUGCUUAAAACUGUAGGUUUUUUUAAUCUAUACUUUUAAAAUGGAUUUAUGACACUUCAACUAUAGAAAUUCUCGAAAAAAAAUGUACAUUGUUGAUUUGAAGGGGAAGUGUUGGCUAUCCUCUGCCCUACCUUAUAUUAUUACAAUCGAUACUUGAAGAAUUCAGUUUCAGUUAACAUAUUAAAUGCUUUGCCAACUAAGAUGUAGGAAAUGUGAGCAUAAAUAGAAGGAAACCAUGGCAAAAUGAGUCAUGAGUUCAUGGUAAUCUAACAAGGCAUCUGGGUUUAGGGGAAAGGUUUGGCAUACUUCC